GCCGCACUUUGACUCACCCCUUUAUGUGGAAUCACCGAAAAGGCUAAAUAGUGAAUAUUAUGCUGAAUAAUCAACACAUUAGGAUUACACGGAUUGAUUAAAUAAGGCUCCGCCGGAUGUAUUCGUGCGCGUUGCUUCCUCCUUGUCGGCGCUAGCAAGAAAAGGCGCAGCUAGUAAACAGCAGAGAAAAGCCACUCGGUGGGUAUUAAAGCAGUAAAACACCGAGCUACCGGAGCUCCAGAGUGAAUGUGAGGCCGCUUGGCUCUGUGGCUCUCCCUCUUACCGGCUGCGGGUGUCUCAGCGGCUGUCAGCGGCACAGAAAGCGGAGCGUCGGGCCGGGCAGCCAGUUAGCAGCUAACCGAGCAGCUGUAGCGGACGGAGCGCAGACAUGAUCGCGCUGAUCAACAAACUCCUGGACUGGUUCAAGGCUCUGUUCUGGAAGGAGGAGAUGGAGCUGACCCUGGUGGGGUUGCAGUACUCCGGGAAGACCACCUUUGUGAAUGUGAUAGCGUCGGGUCAAUUCAGCGAAGACAUGAUACCUACAGUGGGCUUCAACAUGAGGAAGAUCACCAAGGGUAACGUCACCAUCAAGCUGUGGGACAUCGGCGGCCAGCCUCGCUUCAGGAGCAUGUGGGAACGCUACUGCCGGGGCGUCAGUGCCAUCGUCUACAUGGUUGACGCAGCCGAUCCAGAGAAGAUCGAAGCCUCCAAGAACGAGCUGCACAACCUGCUGGACAAACCGCAGCUGCAGGGGAUUCCUGUUCUGGUUCUGGGCAACAAGCGGGACCUGCCAGGCGCUCUGGACGAGAAGGAGCUCAUAGAGAGGAUGAACCUGUCGGCCAUCCAGGACAGAGAGAUCUGCUGCUACUCCAUUUCCUGCAAGGAGAAAGACAACAUUGACAUCACUCUGCAGUGGCUGAUCCAGCACUCCAGGACCAAGAGGAGUUCCUGAGGGACGACCCGACCCAGACGGGCCACGCCCACCUGCCCUGACCCCGCCCCUUCCCUCCUCCCUCCCUCCCUCUUGUCUCCUCAUGACCUCACCCUCAGCUCCAGGUGACCCCUGCCCUCCAACAGUUCAUGUUGAGGCUGCUGGUUCUAUUCCAGGAACAUUUUUUAGAAACACUUUAAAUCCAGAAGCAACUUAUUUCAGUUUAAUCAGAACCAAACGAAGCCGAAGUUUGUCUUUAACGGACCUCCUUUAAACGCUUUGAUCCGCCUCCAUCCGGGAUGGAUCCGGGUCAAACUUCCUCCGAGACGCUUCGCUUCGGCGGCGCAGAGGUCACGGUUAAAACUGCUGGGUUUCUGUGGAAACGGGUCAGAACACCAGCACCACAGCUUCCUCCUGCACAUUACAGAGGACAGCUGGGCUUUAGUUGAAGUAGUUUACAGGACGAUGCUGCGUUCACAGCAAGCGGCUCGCACAUCCAACAUGGCCGACGCUUCAAAAACCUGAAGUUUUGCAGCUGAACGCAGAGCAUCAACCAAUCAGAGAGAGUUCUCAACCUGAUGCAGUGUCACUCGGCGCCGAUCCAAGUCAGCCUGAGUUGAGACUGGAAUAUGGCAGGAAGCGCCAGACUGGGCCGAGCCGGGCCGAGCCGAGCCGCCGGGCCGGGCCGCUGGGUUGGGCCGCUGGGCCGGGCCGAGCCGAGCCGCUGGGUUGGGCCGAGCUGAGCUGAGCCGGGCCGCUGGGCCGGGCCGCUGGGCUGGGCCGAGCCGAGCCGACCCGCCGGGCCGAGCCGACCCGCUGGGCCGAUGAACCCACCAGACUCGCAUCGUCUCUGGUGACUCGGCAGUAAAUGAAGCUCAGCGUUUGUCGAACGGAGAGAGGAGACGCUGCGAUUGGUGAAACCGUCAGAGUUACAGAUGAUCCAUCAGACAGAUUCAGAUCCGUUUCAGAAGAACCAGAACCGUCGGCCCGUUUUAACCUCCCAGACUUCACGUUGGCAGCCAUGUUGGAUCAGAAUCUAAAAACCUUUUAACAACCUGAAACCAUCCUGUCCUCCCUUCCCUUCUUCCUCCUCUUCAUCCCUCCAUCCUCCACCGUCCUGCCGCUUGUCCUCCCGUCUCCUCCAGUCCGUUUUGGUUCUGCUUCUCCGUCUCUUCCUCCCGCUCUGCGAGCCGUUCAAACCUUUUUAUUAUUGCACUGUUGUUUUUGGUUUUGUAAGAUAUUAAUGAGAAGAUUAAUGUUAAUAAUCUACUGGUGCCCUAACCCUGAUGUGUGGUACUCUACCUGAAGGACAAACGUUUCUGUCUGGAAUUAGAUUUUUAUUCAUGUUUGUUUUAUAUUAUUGUUGUUUUUUAUUGUUUUAUGAAUUGAUUGGACCAGCGGUGUCAUGUGAUCUCAUGAAACAUCUGCAUCAUGUUGAACUAAAUCAAGCAUAAUCACAUAUUAAAUUUUUAAUUUAAACUCAAA